UUUCGAGUUGCUUCCGCUAACAAAUUCCUCGAGUUGAGUUCGGCUGCUACAUUUUGAAGUUAACGUUCCCGUCAAGUUCAACGAUGUUUAAAGUCAAAGUUUUAGUUAUUGGCCCAUGUCAGAGUGGCAAAACAACAGUGUCCAAUUUCCUUGCUGAUGCCACAGAUCAAGCCAGCGGGGAGUACCAUCCAACACAAGGUUGUCGAAUUGUAGAGUUUGAAUGUAACACAGGCGGCCGUCAAAAUGUGGAAGUGGAAAUGUGGGAUUGUAGUGGUGACAGGAGGUUUGAGACAUGCUGGCCUGCGAUGGCUAAGGACACAACUGGUGUAGUGUUUGUGUACAAUCCUGAUAUGCCUAAUCACGACAAGGAUAUGGAGGGAUGGUAUGACUUUUUUGUGACCCAACAAAGCUUGAAGGAUAGCCAAUGUAUAAUACUUGCACAUCACAAGCCAGGAGCAAAUGAAAGAGAAAGAUCUCAACUUAGUGAUACGUUUGCUAAUGUACAGACAGUACAAACAAACAUUGAGGAGGAUGGUGAUGACGUGAGGAAUCACUUCAACAAUUACCUUUCCCGAAUCAUCUCCGCCCUGUCAGACAACCGCGAAAAGGAGGAACUAAGCAUCAUGAACAAUUGAUAACAUUUAAUUUAUAGAUCUUUUAUUAUGUUUUGUUAUUAUCGAUUGUACUAAAGAAUGGAGAUCGAAUACUGUUUUUAUAGAACCUUGACAGAUACCAUAUACUUGGGUCUUAAUGACAUAUUUGGCCACUAAUUUAACAGACAGUUUUAUACUGUUUUAUGUACAUAUGUUUUAUGUAUAUCCGUCCAAUUCAGGAAAUGGUUUAAUUUCCUUAGAAAAAAACUUUGACCUAACUUUGUUCAAUAGAUACAUGCAAAUCUUAGUAACACUUCAGCUAAAUUAAAGGAGGUUGAGGUCCCCACGUGGAAAAUUGAACACAUUUCAUUACUAAGUGUGAAGGUAGUAUUGGAUUACCUCCCUUCAUUGAAAUCCUGUAUAUGAUCUCUAUUUUCGUAUGUAUUUUAUGAACUAUGUAUGUUUUAUAUGCAAAUACUUGAAUUCACCUAUUGAAAGGAUGCUAUUUCAGUAUUGAUAGAGAGCUAGAGAGAGAGAUUAUAUAGGGAGAGAGAGGCAAAGAGAGAGAGAGAGUAUAUAGGGAGAGAGAGAGAGA